AUGCAUAUUGCUGUGGACAAUUUAACCAUAAGCGUACCGAAAAUUGAUAAACCGACUAAAGCAGCGCUCGACUAUGUCGAAUUACUUCGGGAAUCAUUUAGUGCCAAGAAACGACAAAAAUUCAGCAAGGCUUCGCUUGCAAUAAGACCAUCAGACUUCCCGGAUCUUUCAAAUCAACAACUAUGCGACAUUCUGGUCCGAGUUGCUUACAAUGGGAGUCACAUUGAUGAAGAUUUUCGGAAACACGUUUUAGAUUUAGUUGAAGAUCAGUCAUUAACCUGGAAUCAAGUUCUACUCAGUGUCAUAAGAACGCAAUCAGAUCAGUUGUAUAUGAAAAGCCAAUUAUGCGAACUGAUAACCGAAAUGAUUCGCUUUGUACAAAUAAAAUCGUUUCACGAUCCAAAACAUGCCGACUCCUUGAUCUCCGUUAUUUUGCCAACCUUUGUAUUUUUAACCAAAUUGAUUCUGGAACUUCUUUCCGACGAAGAUGAAAUGGAGACUAUACAGAUUGAGUAUGAAACUAAAUUUCCGCCAUAUCACAAGCCUCUUCAAGCUUUGAACACUUUGAUUCACGAUAACCUCUGUGGACCUCUUCUAGCUAUGUAUAGGUCUUCUGAAGAGGUUACUCGACAAUUAGUUCUCUGUUCGGAGGCUUUCUCCAAACUUGAGCGCCCCGACGAAUCUUCGGUUGGUCUCUUAGACCUAAUACUCGAGAAACAUCAAGAUAAUUGCAAACCAACAAAAUAUGAGUAUACUCCUGAUGGUCUGGCGGCAUACGAUCUCAAGAAUCCGUCCGUAAGAAUACUAGUUCCCAUUUUCGCAUGCUUUCGAUGCCAUGAAACAAGCAAACAAAUGGCAGAAACUGUACAAAUCUUCGUUGAUAUAAUGAGAGUAUCUGGUGAUGACGUCGUAUUUGAUCUUCUACACGCGGCGAUUCUAUUGAAGUGUGAAGAGUCGAACAACUUGUUGCAUCUUUCCAAACAACACCGGUUGGAUUUUCGAUGGCAGUCGACGACAUUCUUCUACAAAAAACUUCCUCAAAUUAUUGAGCAUUUAGUUAGUUUUGGGAAGGUUACUGCGGAAGAUGUACAGAAGGGAAUGGAACGAGCGUUGAAUGAUUUGACAAUGCUAUUCGAUGUAGCCGAUAUAUCCUGGCAAAACGCUUCAUUUCUCACUGUUCUAAAUGCUCUUGAGCCUUUGAUUGGCUCAGAAGCUGCUAAUCCAUUACGUCAUCGUCGGCGGGAAUACAUGAGGAAAACUGCGAGUUUGACUGCUUUGGCGGAUUCUGAUGAGAAGUUGAUAGAGAAUACGGACAUUGAUAGGUUGCUCAAUGCUGUUAAACAAGUUAUGAAUCUUCAAUUCGGGCAAAAUGAAGAAUUCUAUCAGGAAUUCAUUCGAAAAGUGAACGGAGACGAUUGUGAGGAUUUCGAUGCAGUGAUGUCAAUUCUGAUAUCCGAAGGUAGACUUCUAGAAGUUGGAAAGGCAUUCGCAAUGAAAAGUAAACUCGCUCAAUAUCCAUCGGAACUCAGUCUUGAUGAGAGAAUUAAAAAAUUCGAUGAAACUUUCCUACUUCUUACGAGAAUCAUUGUAAAAUUUCCGGGUUUGUCUAUCGGCCUCUUGGUAAACGGUGGUCCCGGUGAAAUCUCAAUUGCUGAUUCGAUAUUCUAUAGAUGGUCGAUGUGGUAUGUGAAACGUGUUCCGAGAAAAGACAAAUCUGAAGAAAAAAGCGAAGAAGAAUUGGAGGCAAUGAGAAUACAAGCAAAGGUACUGAUAGAGGAAAUUAACAAAGAAGUUGGGAUAGAAGAGGAAAUAGAAGAGGAGGAAGAAGACAUUGAGCCAGAAGUGGUCAAGGAGAUGAAAGAAUCGGGCACGGAGAAAGAAAAAGAAGAAGAAGAAGAAGACGGAAAUAAGGAAACAAAAAACGAAACAGCAAACGAUGAAGAGAUGCCCGGUGAUGAACAGAAAACGGAAGAAAAAAUGGACACGUCUGAAACACCUGCUGAACCUCCAAUACAACAGCAAAGCACACCUGAAGAUCCGCCGAAAGUUGAAGAACCUGCAGAGAGGAUAAAUCAAGAAAAACCAGAGGAGAAACCAAAAGAGCCGUUAGAACCAACAUGGAAUGAAAUGAACUGUGCUCUUCCUAGAAUUUCGAGAAAGAAAGCUCGACGCUAUCUCGGACUGUUGAAACAGGGAAAUCCGUUCUGGUCAACUGACAACAAUAGUCUCAAUAUCGGGGCAAUAUUAGCGGCGCUUCCAAGUAUGGGGAAGUUGUUAAUAGAAGAACACAAUGAAGAAAAGCACCGAGUCGAUCGAAAAUCUGCGGAAGAGCAUAUGGCGAACAUCAUUCACGCAUUGGAGUCUAUGCCGUGUCUAUUCGUUUGUCUUGUUCAAUGGGUUGAUUGUGCACCUGCAUCUCCUGCGAGAACACUAUUAGCCAAGACAAUGAAAAACGCUCUCGAAAAACGUGUGUCGUCGUCGUCGGCUUCAAUUGCAGAUGAUACGAAUCUUCCAAAGUGGAGAUUCAUUCUAUCGACGUGCAACGAAAUGAUUCAUGAGCUCACAGAUCGAGUUCCUGUGUUCCCAGAUAUAACAUGCACUGCGUUCAGUGCAGCUAGACGAUUGUGUCCGUUUGUGACAAGAGAUGAGAUUCCCGAUUCGACGAAGCUGAAGCACGCCUGGUAUUACAUGUGCCAACAAUCGUGGACAAGUCCGCAUGCGCUUCGACUUCUGGAACAUGCAAACAUUCACAGUGAAUACAAUACGUGGAUUCAUCUCUACAUCACCAAGAUAGUGGGUGGCGGGUGUGGCGAAAUAAUGAAAGAUCAAGUUGAUAUGAUUUUCGGAAUGCUCAUGAUGGAUGAUCUCAACGUGAUCAUAAGAAUGCAUGAAAUUAUGAUGGACUUUUGGUUGAGUGAAGAAGCUGGCAACCUUCAGCUAGACGGUCGAUUCGACCCGUUGUCAAUGACUGCCGUUAUUCGAUUGAUGGCUAACGUUAUGCUCAUCUCUGAAUGGACUCUCGAUCGAUUGAUCAACGACGGACCUCCGCUAGUUGAAUUUGAUUUUACAUCAGCAAUGACACCAGAGCCAGAGGAUCCGUUACGUCGGGAGAAGUGGGUGUUCCUUCUCAGACAGAUGUUGGAUAGAACUGUUAAUCGAUUGUUCAAAAUUCUUCGGCAAGGCGUCCUCUGUACCGUUGUCAACACAAUCGUUCGGCUUAUCAAAGCUAUCGCUGGAUCGGCGGACUGUAAAGCCAAACGUCUUUUAAUAAAGCGAAUCCCUCCGGAGAUCGUCUUCCAACUGGCAUACAUCGAACCACAAUGUGCUGAUUAUGCUCUUAUGAAUGCUUACUGUGACCCAAAGAACGAGGAACACACUCGAACGAAAAUCAGAUUCCUGUGUGCACUGCGACGAUCCCAUAUAUUAUGA